GAAUACACCUCUCUCGUCUACCGGGUGUGGGGAAGAAUUUGCUCUGCUGAGGCCAAGACGAUGCCCUGGAAAAAGGCCGGAAUAAGCUAGCCCCCGCUCCGGAAGUGAGCGACUUCUGGCGCGGUGCAUUGUGGGGGGCGUAGUCCCCCUUCCCAGGCGGUCCUUCGCGGCGUCCCCGGGGCCGACUCCCGAGCGCAGGCAGUAGUCAGGCAGGCGGCGCGGCGCGGGCCGGCGGGAAGCGUAUUCUGAGCGCGGGGCGCUAGGCCGGGCCGGCCGCCCCGGGUGGCAGUAGUGGGAGGCCGCCCGAGGCCUCGCGCAGCGCCGCCCGUCGAGGGGCGGGCGGCGGCAGACCAGUCGAGCCGUCGAAGGGCGCGGGAGGCCGGUGGGCCGGGCCGGGCCGCGCGGAGCAGCCAUGCCUGGCUUUACGUGCUGCGUGCCGGGCUGCUACAACAACUCGCACCGGGACAAGGCGCUGCAUUUCUACACGUUCCCCAAGGACGCUGAGCUGCGGCGCCUGUGGCUCAAGAACGUGUCCCGCGCCGGCGUCAGUGGGUGCUUCUCCACCUUCCAGCCCACCACGGGCCACCGUCUCUGCAGCGUCCACUUCCAGGGAGGCCGCAAGACCUACACCGUGCGCGUCCCCACCAUCUUCCCGCUGCGCGGCGUCAACGAGCGCAAAGUAUCGCGCAGACCCGCAGGGGCCGCGGCCGCCCGCCGCAGGCAGCAGCAGCAACAGCAGCAGCAGCAGCAGCAGCAGCAACAGCCGUCGCCAUCGGCCACCACUGCCCAGACCGCCCAGCUGCAGCCGAACCUGGUGUCUGCCUCAGCGGCCGUGCUCCUCACCCUUCAGGCCGCCGUGGACAGUAGCCAGGCCCCGGGAUCUGUGCCCCCGGCGCCCAGCACUCCCAUUGGAGAAGACGUGAAGCCCAUUGACCUGACAGUACAAGUGGAGUUUGCAGCCGCAGAGGGUACCGCAGCUGCCGCCGCCGCCUCGGAGCUGGAGGCUGCCACGGCAGGGCUGGAGGCCGCUGAGUGCCCUAUGGGUCCCCAGUUGGUGGUGGUAGGGGAAGAGGGCUUCCCUGAUACCGGCUCCGACCACUCGUACUCGUUGUCGUCAGGCACCACGGAGGAGGAGCUCCUGCGCAAGCUGAACGAGCAGCGGGACAUCCUGGCGCUGAUGGAGGUGAAGAUGAAGGAGAUGAAAGGCAGCAUCCGCCACCUGCGUCUCACCGAGGCCAAGCUGCGGGAAGAACUCCGCGAGAAGGAUAGGCUGCUGGCCAUGGCUGUUAUCCGCAAGAAGCACGGAAUGUGAAUGGGUCCCCCAGCGGCCUUUGGGACUCCAGGACACUGCUAGCCCAGGGGGACUUCAGGCCGCUGUUGAAUUCCCCCAUACUCCUGGGGCAUUGGUUGGCAGUACUGAGGCUAAGGCAGCUGGACGCUUUUGCUGGUGACUUAGCAACCUCACUUGUUUCCUCCUGAAGCAGCAGUUUGGCGAUCUAGACUCUGCAUUGGUGACACCAGCAAUUAUGACUUGGUCUUCCCCCCAGUUUGUCUUGCAGAUUCUGGUUAAGCAGAAGCUCAGAAUCACUGAACUUGUAACCCCUAGGAAUCAGAUGGGAUGCUUAGGGACUGUGGGUUUAGGAAGACAACAACUUGAGGUUGGCUAGCAGUCAGAGACUACUCUUGUGUGUGUAAUGAUAAGAGAUUCAAGUAACAUCAGUUCUCCUUCUCCUUUUCAUGCUUUUCUUUCCCAGGUGCAGCCUGUGAUUCUGAUGGGGACUGGCAGCUCUGUGCUUCUGCCUCCUAGGAUCUUCCUCCCCAGGAGGCCAUCUAUGAGGGGAUCUGUUUGAUUUGCUCAUGGAGAUACAGCUUGCCAGGGACUUAGGUUUAUCCUGUUGUGUUUGCUACUGGUUACAAAUUCUAUUUUCUGUACAAUUAGUCAGACUAAAGUUUUCACUGUGUUUGUUUGGCAAAACAAAUUAAACAGAAAGUAAGGUUUUUA